AUGUCUACAAAUAAAGCACAACAGAGACCUUCCAAUGCUUCAUCCCUUAAUAACACUGGUCAAGGAGUUACCGCAGGGCCCAGGGCUAGAAACACGCCUUCGACAGCGGCUCGCGGUAUCGGCAGAGUUGCACCACGUGGUAGAGGUGGAUUCGCAGGUGGUCCAGGAUUAUUCGAUGUCUCACCUCAAGGAGAAAUACUCCAUGAAGGUAUCCCACAAUCAAAGGAACUCAUGCACCUUGCGGAAUUGAAAGAAGUAGCUUCAGAACAUGCGCGCAACGAAACAGUUGGCACAACGACUGGUAUUCCCAAAGGUGGCGCAGCAAGUCUUGCUCAAUCUGCGUUUGGAAAGUAUGCUACUGCCAUCAGCGAAGAGACGGGUAUCCCUUCAUUGUCUAUUCAAGGAAUGGUUCCCCCAGCCAAGGACGUUGAUGAAGAAAAGUUGGUUCAGGAAUUAAAGGAGGAGGCUCAAGAGCGUGUUACAUAUGAAGCCACACACAUGGGUCGUGUACCUCAAGCUGGACCCGCACGCAAAGUCGAAGAGUCAGCGGAACGACUUGAGCACGUCGUAAAAAUGGACAGAGGUGAAGAACAGCCACCAGUGCCGAUUUCGACUGGUGCUCAAGCUACAUAUACUACUCCGCCCGUAUCGCCAACCCAAAAAACUAACCUGACAGGUGUUGAUCAAGAUACAGCAAAACGGCAUCUCUCUGAAUUGAAAGAAGUUACUUCCGAACAUGCAAGGUCUGAGGCGUGUUCAGGGAACAUUCCUCUAGGGAGCGCAACUUCAAUUAUACGUGAGCAUAAUUGUAUCAUUAUAUUCGCCUAUUAUAUGCAGAUAUUUAAUAGAUCAUCUUCUAUAGAAUCGGCGACGGGCAAAUAUGCAACCGCAAUCAGCGAGGAAACUGGUGAACCUGUUUCGGUCAUCCAAAGCACGGUUCCCAGAGCCGAUUACCAUGUUGACGAGGCUAAAUUGACACAAGAGCUCAAUGAAGAAGCGCGAAUCCGAGCCGAACACGAAAAAGAAGAACUCGGUUUCGUGCCAGCCACAAGCCCUGCUGUCGAAGAAGCGACAGUUAAAUUGAAUCAGGGAUUAAAAAUUAGUGAAGGACAAGAGACUUAG